AUGAAAUUAGAYGACUUUUUAUAGAAAAGCCUUGUUGAGAUGCCGUGCAUGGAUAUUCUGUUGGCUUCAUUUAGGGAUCUGUAAGGAGCAUUUCCUGAGGGAAAGAACUCUUCUGUUCUGUAGGAUUUUAACYAAGUCACCUGCAUGUUUCCUCUGAUAAAUCUAAUCUCCUGGUUCUAUUAUUUCAUUUUAACUGAUAAAAGGGGUGGUUUGAAUGACUUUUAUGUAGUUUCAGAUAAAUUCCUCUUGAUGUAGAUUUGUCUUAGAUUCUAGGUAACUUAAAAUUCUCACAAUAAGCCUUUUCAUAAGCAAUAGGAACUGCUUUCUCUUAAUUUCUUCCUAAACGCAUUAAAUAGAUGAAGCCAAUGUUAUAUCCAGUUCAAAUGGUGCAUACAACUAUCGUGAAUGUCCUCUUCAAACUCAUAGUUUGUUUUUUUUUGUAAACAUUUUUAAUGGUUUAUUACCUAGGAAAAUUUUGUGAUAGGGCUGUUAAACUAAAUGGGUGCUAUGUCACUUCAUAAGUAGUCAGACAAAUUCUUGUGGCUAAUUGCUUGCAGAUCUUGAUUAAAGGUGUCAAAUUUUAAGUUCCACUGUGGAAUAUGAGACUUGCAGGGAGAUGAGCUGGCAUGAAGGAAUUGGAAAGAUUAUCUUUAAAUGAGUAUUGAACUAGUGCAGAAAGCUCUUCCAUGUUUUCAGUAUAUAUGCUAAAAUGCAUUGAAUUUGCAAGUACCUCAGCGUAAAGCUGUUCCUAACACUCCUCAUGGUCAGAAAUAGGGUUUAUCAUUCACAACCUGUCUUAUCAACUCAUGAAGUGAAAAUGUAUAAGGAACUAGCCUGAGCCCAGAUUCAUACCGUAAUCUGAGACUUGCAAAACUCUCGUUGGAUUUGCAGUGUGAUGCAGAAUGGAACGUUGUGAAUAAAUUCUUCCUGAAGUCUGGCCAAGGCAAAUGUACUCUUAACAGCUGGUAGAGACAUAGCCUUUUAAAUAAGGCAUGUUAACAUGGGCUGUCUGCCAAAACGGUUAGCUUGGGAUUCAAAUAGUUUUCCAGAAUUUUUUUUUUCCAAACAUUCCUUGCGCAUAUUCAAACGCAGUACUUGGAGUGAUGUAAUCGUUCCCCACACAAAGAAAUUUGCCUUUUUGAACUUCUGCUGUUUGUUUUGGAGCUCCUUUGUGUAGUGACAUAUUCCAAUACGCUUAGUGUGGAAGAUUCUGUUACUUUAAGCUUUAGGAGACCUUACUCUUAAGUGUUUAAAAUGCAAAGUUGUGUCUGUGAUUGCUCUGUUGAAUGUUUAACCACUAUUUAUCUGCAUAGGGAUGGCAUAACUGUGAGCAUCUCUGGUAUCUGUUUGAAGAGGACACUGUUGGGGGGCCCAGGUAUUUCUUUUAUAUUUUAUAGUUUUAGAGGUGUCCGGACUCUGUAAUGGUCCAAGAUUUCCGGUAGAAGAGGAUGAGACAAGAAUUAAGUGCAUGCGGGAGACUCUGGACCUAGGCACUUCGUGCUUUUCAUGCUAGCUGGGAGGGAACUUGAUAAACACUUUUACCAGCCUUUCUUAGGAAAAACAGGUAUCUUGCAUAUUACUUUGGCCAAAAGAAGAGAAUGAGCAGUUCUUUCUUCCGAAAAGUUCAAAAGUAAAUGUAAAAUGUCUGGAAAAGCAGCUAUCAGGAAGGUUUGUGGGUCUGUGCUUCCAGGCAGAAUUUAUACAGACAGAACAUUCUGAAUAUGACCUAACUUGUUCUUGCUAUUGUUAGUGUUUUUAAUGAGUGCUCCAUGGACUGUAUCCAGUUCAGGGGGUUCUGCGCUAGCACUGUGGAACAAAACUCUGAACAGCAACCUGGUAUCAGUGAAAAUUUGUCUUCGUCRUUUUCUUUAAAAGAGCAACAGAAAAUGAGUGAGUUUUCGGGACUUGCAAGCAACCAUAGCCAGAUGAUUGCCGGAGAUCCAGAAAUUCAGGCAAAGCCUGAACAACCUCAUGAAGUUCUUCAGGAAGAUAUCGAGAUGAGCAGUGGAUCCAGUGGAAAUGACUUCAGUGGGAAUGACACAAAUGAAAACUAUUCCAGUGGACAUGAUUCUCAUGGCCAUGAAUCCGAUGAAAAUGGGAAAGGUUCAGCAAUGCUCAUGGAAUCUUCAGACUGUCAAAAAAGUUCAAGCUCAAAUGCAUUUAGUCUGAUAAUUGCAAACUCUGAGCACAAUCAGUCUAGCAGUGGAUGCAGCAGUGAGCAGUCCACCAAGGCCAAAACUCAAAAGGAAUUGUUGAAAACGUUACAGGAGCUGAAAGCUCACCUUCCUUCUGAGAAGAGAAUCAAAGGCAAAUCUAGUGUCCUAACCACAUUGAAAUAUGCCCUUAAAAGCAUUAAACAAGUUAAAGCCAAUGAGGAGUAUUACCAGUUGCUGAUGAUUAACGAAAGCCAGCCUUCGGGGCUCAAUGUGUCGUCAUACACGGUGGAAGAAGUUGAGAAUAUAACCUCAGAAUACAUCAUGAAGAAUGCGGAUAUGUUUGCUGUAGCUGUUUCCUUGAUUACUGGGAAAAUCUUGUAUAUCUCUGAUCAAGCUGCUUCUAUUCUCCGCUGUAAGAGAGGUUACUUUAAAAACGCCAAAUUUGUGGAGUUCUUGGCACCUCAGGACGUCAGUGUGUUCUAUACUUCCACUACCCCGUACAGGUUGCCAUCGUGGAAUAUUUGCAAUAGAGCUGAGUCUUCCACCCAGGACUGCAUGGAAGAGAAAUCUUUCUUCUGUCGCAUCAGUGCAGGGAAGGAGCGUGAGAAUGAGAUUUGCUAUCACCCGUUUCGGAUGACUCCUUACCUCAUCAAAGUGCAAGAUCCAGAAAUAGCAGAAGACCAGCUUUGCUGUGUGCUGCUGGCAGAAAAAGUGCACUCUGGUUAUGAAGCACCCAGAAUUCCCCCAGACAAAAGAAUCUUUACAACUACACAUACACCGACCUGUUUGUUUCAAGAUGUAGAUGAAAGAGCGGUACCUCUGUUGGGAUACCUACCUCAGGACUUAAUAGGAACGCCAGUCUUAGUGCAUCUUCACCCAAAUGACAGACCCUUAAUGCUGGCAAUUCACAAAAAAAUACUUCAGUAUGGAGGACAACCUUUUGACUAUUCACCAAUUAGAUUUUGCACUAGAAAUGGAGAUUAUAUAACUAUGGACACUAGCUGGUCCAGCUUCAUCAAUCCUUGGAGUCGAAAAGUUUCAUUUAUCAUUGGAAGACACAAAGUUAGGACGGGUCCUUUAAAUGAAGAUGUCUUUGCUGCUCCCAACUAUACAGAGGAUAGAAUCCUUCAUCCCAGCGUUCAGGAAAUCACCGAGCAAAUAUAUCGGCUAUUACUGCAGCCCGUGCACAACAGUGGAUCCAGUGGCUAUGGGAGUCUGGGUAGCAAUGGCUCACACGAGCACUUAAUGAGUGUGGCAUCCUCCAGUGACAGCACAGGAAAUAACAACGAAGAUGCUCAUAAGGAUAAACCAGAGACUUCUCAAGGGGCCCGUAAGGUCAAAAGUAAAGGACAACAUAUCUUCACUGACAGUAAAGCAAAACUGGAACAGAAGAGAGAGCCUUUUGCAGCAGAGAAACAAAGCAGUCCRGGAGGUCAUGUUAAAGAUGUGACAGGAAAGGAUGCUACAGUCACAGCUGCUCCUAAAAGUGUGGGUACUGAGGAGCUAGCUUGGAAGGAACAGCCUGUAUAUUCUUAUCAACAGAUUAGCUGUUUGGACAGUGUGAUCAGGUAUUUGGAGAGUUGUAACGUGCCUGGUACCUCAAAGAGAAAAUGUGAACCUUCGUCGAAUGUUGCAUCACUGAGUGCUGGUGUUCAUGAACCGAAAACAGCUGACAAUGCUAUACAGCCUUUGGGAGACCCUGCUGUGUUGAAGGCAUCUGAUAAAUCAAGUGCCCCGCCAGUAGUUGGUGCUCACUUAACCUCUCUGGCUUUGCCUGGCAAACCAGAAAGUGUGGUAUCUCUCACCAGUCAGUGCAGCUACAGUAGCACCAUUGUUCAUGUUGGAGACAAAAAGCCACAGCCUGAAUUAGAAAUGAUAGAAGAUGGUCCUGGUGGAGCAGAACUCCUGGAUGGCCAACUUCUUGCCCCUCCAUCCAGCUCUGUGCAUGUAAACCAGGAAAAGGAGUCAUUUAAAAAACUAGGACUUACUAAGGAAGUCCUUGCAGUGCAUACACAAAAAGAAGAGCAGAGCUUUUUGAAUAAGUUUAAAGAAAUCAAGAAGUUCAAUAUUUUUCAGUCCCACUGCAAUUACUACUUACAAGAUAAACCCAAAGGACGUCCUACAGAACGUGGUGGCCGUGGACAAAGAAAUGGUGCUUCCGGGGUGGAUCAGCCUUGGAAGAAAAGCGGCAAAAACAGGAAAUCAAAACGCAUUAAACCACAGGAAUCUUCAGACAGUACAACCUCUGGAACCAAGUUCCCCCAUCGCUUCCCUCUCCAGGGCUUAAACACCACAGCUUGGUCACCCUCCGACACUUCACAGACGAGCUAUUCGGCCAUGUCUUUCCCAACCGUUAUGCCUGCGUACCCACUUCCCGUCUUUCCAGCGGCCGGGACUGUGCCGCCGGCUCCUGAGGCUCCUCUCCCUGGUUUUAAUCAGCUGCCAGACUCCAGAAACACCUGCCCUAUGCAACCAUCCCAGUUCUCCGCGCCCCUUAUGACGCCCGUCGUAGCUCUUGUGCUCCCCAACUACGUCUACCCGGAGAUGAACAGUAACUUACCUCAGACCCUUUACCAUAGCCAGCCUGACUUUCCCGCCCAUUCCACCUUCUCCUCGCAGACAGUGUUUCCAGCACAGCCCCCAUUCACUGCCCCCAACCCUUUCCCCCAACAGGCGUUUUUCCCAACGCAGCCAUUCCAUUACAACCCACCAGCAGAGARUGAGAAGGCUCCCAUCACCGAGCCACGGAACGAGCCCUCCCGUUCCUGCACUCCACAGUCAGUUGGGCCGCACGACCAGGCUUCGCCACCGUUGUUCCAGUCGAGGUGCAGUUCUCCUCUGAACCUUCUGCAGCUGGAAGAAACCACCAAAACGGCCGAAAGCGGAGCUGCCGCGGGCUUGCACGGGGCCUUAAGUGAGGAAGGAGCUAUAGGCAAAAUCAUGACAACUGAUGAUUGUAGUGGAAAGGGAUCUUUACCACAGGCCGAAUCUCCAAUGGAUGCCCAGAACAGUGAUGCGCUCUCCAUGUCCAGUGCCCUGCUUGACAUUUUGCUCCAAGAAGAUGCGUGUUCAGGCACGGGCUCGGCUUCAUCGGGCAGUGGUGUAUCUGCAGCUGCCGAAUCCCUGGGCUCCGGAUCCAACGGCUGCGGCAUGUCAGGGAGCAGGACAGGUAGCAGCGAAACUAGUCAUACCAGCAAAUACUUUGGGAGUAUUGACUCCUCAGAAAAUCAUCAUAAAACCAAAAUGAAGACAGAAAUAGAAGAAAGCGAGCACUUCAUUAAGUAUGUCCUUCAAGAUCCCAUAUGGCUUUUGAUGGCCAACACGGAUGAUACCGUCAUGAUGACUUACCAGUUACCUUCUAGAGAUUUGGAAACCGUUUUAAAAGAAGAUAAGCAGAAAUUAAAGCAAAUGCUGAAACUACAGCCAAAAUUUACAGAGGAACAAAAAAGAGAGCUUAUUGAAGUUCACCCAUGGAUCCAGCAAGGUGGACUGCCAAAAACAGUAGCUAAUUCGGAAUGUAUUUUCUGUGAGGACAACGUACAGAGCAAUUUUUAUACAUCAUAUGAUGAAGAAAUCCAUGAAAUGGACCUUAACGAAAUGAUAGAAGACAGUGGGGAGAACAACUUGGCUUCCCUGAGUCAAGUCAGUGAAGAACAAACAUAGCCUUUGAGCCUCUMGUUUUUAAAGCUGCUUCAAAAUUACAGUGAUGAUCCAUAAAGGUUUUAAUCUUGUUUCCAGCAAGAUGAAUCUGGUUCAUAAAACAAAUGUAUUUUUUCUGUUCUAGAAGAGUCAUUUGUGAAAGAAUCUCUUUUUUAAAUGGUGGCAAUCUCUUCCCAGUAAGGACAUUGUUGAAGAUGGUACAACUUUUCUUUUUUUUUUU